ACCGUAAGAACAGCUUCGCUUUUCGCACACCUGAGAAUCAGAGCUACCGCGUUACGUGACCGGUCCACUGUCUCUAAAAGCAGAACAACGCAGUUGUUCAAUUAUCCUCUUGACCGAUACGUCGAUUGUGUCUCGCGAACUUGUUUAUCAUUGUUUUCCCAUAUUAUCGUUGUGACUAUUAUUAUUUAGUGUAAACAAAGAAGAAGAUAUAAAAGAAAAUGCCGUACUAUAACGAUGUGCCAUACUAUUAUGGAGGAGGAGCUUACGCUAAUCAUAGUUCGUUAAUGACAGGAAUAGUACGAAUGCCUUUUCACACUUCAUUGUCGCGUUUCUCGCCGCACUUGUCGACGAUUUCCGAAUCACCACUCAGCCAUCUGCAUCGUUUCUCACCGAUCUCUGUGAGAUCAACUAGACGAGUGAUUGAUACGGCUGAUAUCGAUGUCUCAUCAUCGAAAAUACUCUCGCACAAUAGGAAUCCUUCCAAAAAUCUACGUCGCGAUCGGCCAACUAUCAAAAUCAGAUCGCAGGCCCUGAAAGACAAUCCAGCAUUACGUGAGCACUACGAGAAGCAUGAAAAAUCAGUAGGUGAACUUUUAAUGGAGAAGUUUUUUAUUAAAGACAAGAAGUUAGUAGACAACGAUAGUAAUCAACAGAAAAUACAUUUAGAUCAUCAAAUUAAUUUAGAUCGUUUAGAAAAUUCAGAGGAGCGAGAAGCUGUACAGAAGCGAAUCACUCGCAGAUUUACGCGACGCAGAUCUUCCUCCGAUUUGCAACUUAAUUCCGAGCAAAUGCAACGAGAGGCUGCGUACGCGCAAGUACAGGCGAAAGUCUUAGACAGUCUCGUAGCAGAGGAGCAAGCUCAGAUCGAGAAUGAGACACGUCGAGGUACUUCAAUGUUUAAAAAGGGAACGACGGCAAAAGGAUUACUCGAACAUCCUUGCGCGAAUAAUAUCGAUUCUGAUAUGAUGAUUCAGGAGGAAGAACAAGCGGCUAUGACAAGGAUAAAGAAAACUAUGAAAAAAACAAAAAAAAAGAGAUUUGUUGAUAAAUUAUCAUCGAUCGAUAAGAUUGAUAAAAGACAAUCAAGCACCUCUAGUAAAAUUUCCAUUGAUUCGCAAAUUACAAAGAAUGAUGAGUCAAGACCUCAGAUAUAUAAGAUCGAGGCAUGUAAUAGCGCCGGGGAUUUCUCCACAUUCUGGAUGAAUACAAAUGCAGAGAACAAAAGAUGCAAAUCAAUAGACGAGAAAUUUAAGGAGAGUAUAAGAGUCUCUAUUCCUAAUAGAUUUGGAACUGGAAACGAAGUGGACGUUAUCUCGAACGAUGCAAACGAAACAGAAACGCAAGUUGUGUUGACAGUGCAAAAAUCUUACGUAAAGGAUACGUCGAGAAAUAGCGUGCGUUUGACGAUAAAAAAACCUACAGAAAAACUUACCAAGAAACUCAAAGAAAUCGAGAAAUUCGAUGUGAAAGCCGAUGAAAAUCAAUUGAAUUUAACGAAAAGCUUCAUCGACAUCGAAAAUAAUAUUCUUACAAAUAAUAUAUCAAAAAGUUUAACAGAUGUAGAUUCAGUGGAGCCGAAUUACAAGAUUCAAAUGACAAAUAAUAUUAAAGACUUUAAAGCAUUAAGAAAGGCAGUAUAUAAAUCUAAAAAUAUGGAAUCCUUGGCAAGAAAUGAUAUUCCCAUAUCGAAAGAUGACUCGUCGAAUAACCGAGAUACUAAUAUUUUAGCAACAAAAAGCAAUAUGCGAGAAAUCAUUACUGAAGAUUCAUCGUUCUCAAAGGAAACUGAGACAACUCCUAUACAAUCGAACAUUUUAGCUUUUAUUUCAACAAAUCCAUCGAGAAACGAUUCGCAAAUAGAAAAUUUUCGAGGAAUAUUGGAAGACACUUUCAUUGCAAAAAUAAAAAAUAACAAAAGUCAGAAGGAUUAUUUGAUUGAUAAUAUUACCAAGAAGAUAUUUGACUACUCGGAAGUCGAUUCAACUAUCAAAACACCAAAAGUAUUUAUUAGAAAAAAUUCUGUCGCGUCCGUUGAAAGUGAUAAGUUCAUAUCGGAAAAACUCACGUCAAAGAGUUUGGUGAUGCCGCACAACGAGAAUAUGAUAAAACAAAACAUUAUUAAAAAUGAAAGCAGCGACAUUGUUGGUAAAAACAACAUUAGCGAUACGAUGCUUACAAUAAAUAGCGCGAUCUGUCGUCUGCCAAAACUGUCUAAAAUUAAUACGGAUAGAAAUAAUGCCGUAGAAGCGCCAAAGCUUCCGUUACGAGAGGCUGCAGAGUAUCAGGUGGACUCGCUAAAAAGUGAUCAUGACGUCGAGACCGCGGCUGUCGUAUUGCCGGAAAAGAAGAUGAACAAAACAUCGAACUUGGCGCAAGUUUCUUCCUUCAAUGCCUCGAAGAGAACCAAUAACGUAGACGCAUAUAAAUUAAGUUAUAAAAUCGAUGCAACUCGACACAAUAAAGCAGUCAAAUUAGAGACUAACGAAACGACCUUGCCCAAGGAAACAAAUGACAAAGUAUAUAGUAGUGAAUACUGUGACGAGGCAAAACUAGCAGCGGAUAUUAAGCCGACAGAAGAUGUCAGUCUGACGAAAACAUCAAAAAAUAAUGCGAAAGGGACUGACGAAAAUAUAUUAACCUUGAAAACAAUUGAUUCAUCAAACAUCGAAAUUGAAACGAUUUUUACCGAAGCGGAUGCAAAAGAAGCGGAACUAAAGACUGAUUCAAUUAAAAAAAUUAAUUGUAUUGACGUAGGAAAGGAUUCUUUGAAAGAUUUAUCGAAUUUCAAGAGUAAGAUGCCGAUACUCUUAGAAAAUAAUACAAAUGAAACUGGCAUUGCGAACUUGUCAAAUAUUGGAAAAGAUUUAGAUGCAUUUAAUAUAAUAAAAAUUGAAAAUGGAAAAUCAUUUUUGUGCGAUAAUGCUAACGAUGAGACAAGAAUUUUGAAAAAAAACAUGUCUGUUGAUUCUUCGAAAUUGAUGAACGAUCAUUCAGCGAAUAAUAUUUCCAAGGUUUUCCAGCAGUCUGUAUCUAAUGAUGAAAAAGCCACAGAUAAAGAUAUAUCUGUUAAGAUGUCAAAGACAAAAUCUGUAAAUAAAAUAAUAGAAAAAAAAUCAAUGAAAACCGAUUCGAAUUAUAACUUUCAAGAUGAAAGUAUAAUAUUAUCGAGAAGCACUUCUACCGAGUCCAUUGAUUUUUGGAGCGAAAUCAAAGCGCCGAAUAGUCCUGAAAUGACGAGAUCGAAGCAACAAAAUGGAUUUCCUCUCCGCGAAACAAAUACUUCUAAAAUUGAAAAAAACAUGAAUUCGAUGAAUUUAAAGAGGAAAGGUAAUGAAAAAAAAAUUGAGAUUGAUGUUAAAAUGAGCACUACGACGUUCGAAAGUUCGAUAGACGGAUUUAGUAAUAUAAUCUUUGAAAAGGAGAAAGAAAAAAAGAAAAAUGUUUCGAAAUCUUUAAUAUUAGAAAAAACAGAAAAAGAGAAACUUGCAAAAACAAUGGAAAUCGAAAAAAACAUGCCGACGGUGCAAAAGAUACCAUCAAAAAAGAAGAAUUUUUCGAUAAUGAUCGACACUAAGAACACAAGUCCGAUUGUGAAAAAAGCUUCGUUGAAGUGCAACAAUUUCGGUACAACUUCCGUGACUACUUCAGUCGAAGUUAUCAUGCCAGAAAUAAAUAUAGUUGAAGCAUCCAAGUUGUUCAAAGAGUGCGACAAUCGGAAAAUCGAGGAAGAACAUGAAAAUCCAAGCACUCCAACAAACGAGUUGUCAUUUAAUCCCUCUUUAAUCAGGAAAAUUUCAAGAUGGAGCAAUCAAGACGAUUUGACAAACAUAGAUGAUGUCGAAACUCCAGUUAUAUCAGAGGAAAUUAGUUUGGUCACUAGUCCUAGCGUUAGUCCUUUGCAAUCUUCCAAAACGAAGCAUGCGAUUAAAAAGAAGAAACCAUCAAUUAAAAAGGCAUUAUUAGAAAAAAGUGAGAAGGGGCUAAAGGAGAUUUGUAAUAAUGAAUUAAUAACGUCAGUGAAUGAACGGAAUAUGUUUAUUACAAAACUCGCCCCCGAGAAGCAACAUCUAGUGAAAAUUUUGCCAAAAACGUCUCCCAAGUCCAGUCCGAAGAAUACACCCUUACAACGGCCACUCGAUCUUAUGAAGAUAUUUUACACGACGCCGUCCGCAUUGCUUACGGCUACGCCACGGGAUCUCUCCAAAGUCAGACGGGCAAAGAUCAAAAGAAGACGACAUCACUCGCGAACACCGUCUAUCAGUAGCGACAGUACUGAAAGUACGACGAGUACUAUCACGACGAGGAGUACGGAGAAUGGAUCGACUCGCGUUGAACUGAAUGACGAUUCCAAACAUAAGAGAAUGAAUUCAACAAGGAGCAACGAUUCCGGAUUUGAUGGUUCACCGAGAAUUUUGAAUUGUGACAUGGCUUGCCAUAAGAAAUGCGAAAAACUGACAGGGAAUCUAUGUGGAUUGAAUCAAAAACUAGUCGCUGAAGCAUUGCAAGCUUUGAAGAGAACUCCUUCACAGUCAUCAGAUAAUCAACGAAACUCAGAUUCUUCGGAUCAUUUUUCGAGUGGCCGAAUAACACCACCAGCGACGAAUUUGCCCAGAUUCAAGAAAUAUACCAUAAUGGAUUUUAAUUUUCUCAAAGUCUUGGGUAAAGGCAGCUUCGGUAAAGUAUUGCUGGCGGAAUUACGUGGCACGGAUUGUGUGUACGCAGUUAAAUGUUUAAAGAAAGAUGUGGUUCUCGAGGAUGACGAUGUUGAAUGCACAUUAAUUGAAAGGAAGGUCCUCACGCUGGCAACUAGACAUCCGUAUCUUUGUCACCUAUUUUGCACUUUCCAGACUGAUUCGCAUCUCUUUUUUGUUAUGGAAUAUCUCAAUGGGGGUGAUCUAAUGUUCCACAUACAGAAGUCUGGCCGAUUUUCUGAGGUGCGUGCGCGUUUUUAUGCUGCCGAAAUCUGGUCUGGAUUGAAUUUUCUACAUAAGAAGGGUAUUGUUUACCGGGAUCUCAAACUUGACAAUGUGCUACUCGAUUUCGAGGGUCAUAUUAGAAUCGCGGACUUUGGCAUGUGUAAACUUCAGAUCUUCUUAGAUAGAACGGCCGAUACGUUCUGUGGUACGCCAGAUUACAUGGCGCCAGAGAUAAUAAAAGGGCUUAAGUAUAAUCAAGCUGUGGAUUGGUGGUCGUACGGUGUUCUAUUGUAUGAAAUGCUCACUGGUCAAUCGCCGUUUUCUGGAUGCGAUGAGGACGAGUUGUUUUGGAGCAUUUGUAACGAACGGCCGUUUAUACCUCGAUAUUUAAGUCAAGAAGCUACCGAAAUACUCAUCUAUUUAUUAGAGAAAGAUUCUGGAAAGAGGCUACCUGCUCACGAAAUUGCUGUGCAUGCUUUUUUUCAGCAUUUGCCUUGGGAUCGAUUAGAAAGAAGGCAAUUAGAACCACCGUUUAAGCCCGCACUUGAUCAUACUUUGGAUACGAAAUACUUUGAUACAGCGUUCACGACUGAACGUCCGAGACUUACGCCAGUGCCUGAGCAGAUUUUGACUUCGAUGGAUCAAGGCGUUUUCCGCGGAUUCUCUUAUACAAAUCCGAAUGCAACCGAUUGACGUAAAACAGCUGAAUGGGAAGUGUGAACAUUAGUUGUUAACGAUAUUUCCAAUUUUUUGUGCCAUCCAACAAAAAAAAUACAUGUCGUAUUCGGCUAGCAUAAAAUCAAUGUUCGCUUUGUAUUUUUGAAGUAGUAAUGAUAUUAUACAAUGUUCAUAUAUAUGUAAAUCGCAUCUUAAAAAUAUAUUUGUGUGAACGAUGAA